ACCUCCCUUCCUCUGGAAACAUGCCGAUUUCAGCAAGUCCAGCCUAUCAGUUCUGCCUUCUAAAUCCAUUGGUUCAUGGUCAUCUGAGAGCACUUCUGUCACAUACAGGAGCUGCUGCCCUCACCCUCCAGACACACUUGCAGCUGAAGCUGAAUAUUGCUACUCUGGGGUUUCCUUCCAGCCUUAAAUUUCAGUUCAAUAUCUUCAGCUGCCCAGGUCAUGGCUCUGCUACUUUCCUUGAUCCUUGCCAUUUGCACUGGACCUGGCCUCAUAGAGUCUUCAUACAGAGCGCAACUGGUGGGAGGCCCCCACCGCUGUGAAGGGCGAGUAGAUGUGGAACAGAACGGUCAGUGGAGCACUGUGUGUGGUUACAACUGGGACUUGAAGAACGUAGUUGUGGUGUGCCGGGAGUUGGGCUGUGGAGCAGCGAAGGGAACACAGAGUAGUUUUCCAUAUAAGCCACAGGCGGAAGAGAACCAAGACUUCUUCAUCGAGGAGUUCCACUGCAAGGGGCUGGAAGAUACACUGGCUCAAUGUGAGAAAGAAGAUACUGAUUAUGGGAGCUGUAGCCACCAAGACUACGCAGGAGCUUCAUGUGAAAUCCCAGAGACUGUGCGGCUGGCUGAUGGCCCCGGACGCUGCAUAGGGCGAGUGGAGGUGAAGCAUCAGGACCAGUGGGGCACCGUGUGCAAAGCAGGCUGGAACCUCCAGGCUGCCAAGGUGGUAUGCCGGCAGCUGGGAUGUGGGAAGGCCACACUGACCCGAGGAAACUGUAAAAGAGCUACACAGGGCCAAGGUCCCAUCUGGCUGAACCAGGUGUCAUGCUCAGGAAAAGAACUAACUAUUCAGGAUUGCCCUUCCAGGCCUUGGGGGAAGAACAACUGCACCCAUGACGAAGACACUUGGGUCCACUGCGAAGAUCCCUUUGAACUGAAGCUGGAGGGAGGAGAGAGCCACUGCUCUGGACGUCUGAUGGUGCUGCACAAGGGUAUAUGGGGUUCUGUCUGUGAUGAUGGCUGGGGAAGAAAGGAAAACCAGGUGGUAUGCAAACAACUGGGCUGUGGCCAUCCCCUCCUUCUACCCUUUGGAGUCCAGAAACACUUUGGCCUGGGGGUUGGCCCCAUCUGGCUGGAUGAUGUUCGUUGCUCAGGGAAUGAGUUGUCUCUAGAGCAGUGCCGGCACAGGUUCUGGGGGUAUCAUGACUGCACCCACAAGGAAGAUGUGGCUGUGAUCUGCUCAGAGCCGUAGCCUGGUCUUCUUGAUGUUUCAUCAGGCUCCCACUAGCUCUGGAAUGACCCUACUUGUCUCAUGGGCCCAGAUUAUUCCAUUUUUUUCAUGCUGGGCCUGCAGACUUUGAGGCAGGCAGCCUCAGAGCCCAAACUUCUAAGAGACACCUGCUUCGGCUUAUGCUCCUACACUGAGCAGAAUAAGCUUCCCUUUCUUCUGAAAUUGUCCUUGACAAGAUAACCAAAAUGGCCUCUGAGCGGAGAUUUAACCUUCUAAUGGAAGAAAAUCAACCUCUUCCUCCAUACUGGGGGAUCAAACCUUUGUCUGAAAAAAAUGUAUAGUCAUCCCCAAGCUAGGAGCACCUGUGUGAAGGUCAAUCCUGAAUAUUCAUGAUUAAUUUGCAUUUCCUUGUCUGCUCUCUGUAAAAGCCCACCUCCCCAAGCUGCCUGCAAGCAGUCUUGGAGGCAGCAGCCCCGAUUGCUCCUUCCCUUGUACAACAAAAUAAAGACAUCUCUCUGAUCUCCCACUUCGGCCUCUCGUUUAUUGGCUGUAACAAGUCACGCUGAGCAAAACCUGGGGUUUUCACCUGGCAACAACUUUAGCCACCAUCCCUCCUUCCCUAAGCAGGAGUCUGAACACUGCGCUCAAGCCUUGCUCUCAGAGCCAAGCACACCCAUCCUUGCCUAUUAUGAGAGUUAUGAGGGAAGACAUAGAAACUUCUUGUAGGGCAAGAUGAGCUUCCAGUUGUCCUCUCCUCACCACUGACCCCUUGACAUUAGUUUUUUAGCCUUUUUUGCUUCUUCCCAAACUGCCUGGGACUCCUAGGCUUGUCAUUUUGACCAGAUGUGCAAUCCAUUGCUUAGGCAAGAUCUAUGUCUGCAAACAAGAUGAAAGGAAUGGAGCAAUAAGAACAUUCGAAAGGAAAUGUUGGUAGACAAUUUCACAGAAGUUGGGGGAAAUCUUAGAAUCAUCUUAUAGCUUUUUAUCAAGUCUUUGGUGAUCACAAUUAAUAAUACUUCUCUACUCUCUUACUCCUUGGUGAGUGUGGAACAUUUUUCAGGGGCAGAAUCCUCUAAUCCAAGACAUGACCUUUUUCAUGACACUUGGAAAAAGAUGUUGGACAUUCUGACUACCCUGAUAAAUAUAUUUUUUGUCCAUCCCUAUACUACCUGCCAACACGGUUGGCCUUUAACAAGAAGACUGUUACAAACGCAUUAGUUUUAUCUAAGAAAAAUAUAUUGGAUAUGGAGCUACUACUGGGAGAAGGGCAAGAAAAAGGCAGAAGGAGAUUGGGAUGUCCAGAGUUGUGUCUCACGCCAAUCAGAAAAUGUAAUUUUUAUUUUAUGAACUGAGGCUUUGGGACCUGCUAAUCUGAGGUGAAACAUCAUGAUACUAAAAUGACAAUCAAGACUUGAUUGUAAAAAUGGACAAUCUUAAACUCUGAGGCUAAGCUCCGUACUUAUAAUAUGUCUACAUUUACACUGUCUAAUAAAUUAGAUAUGACAGCCUGAACAGUUGCCCCUCUGUGAUAUGCUUUUUCUGCUGACAGGGAAGCAGGUGUGGCAGCUUCUCAGCAAUGGCCUUUUAGGCAGGAUUGGGUAGAAGGGAACUUGCCAGCAGAUAUAACCACGUGUGAUAUAGCUCUCUCCUCUGGGCAUGGAGCUCUCUCCCUAUUUCCUGCUCUAGCCUGUGAAUUUCAAGUUCAAUUCUGCAUCUCCUGUUCUUCGGACUGACAUGUCUAAUAAUCCAACUCUGAUGUCAUGCCUUUUUAACCUUAAUGAUUUUUUUUUUUUUUUUGCUUUUCUCCUAACCGAGAACUUUAUGUCUCUGGACCCUGACUCUGGUUAAUUUGGCCAAAACAGUUCAGCUGUGAAGGCAAGGUCACUAGUGAAAUGAAGGUGCAGUGAAACAAGAGGGUACCAGUGAGGGCAGGACUUACCACUUGCUGGGGAUUAGGAGGCCAGUGUUUCCCCAGGUCCUCAUUCCUUAGUCCUAGAGUCCAUAGCCUUUAGAAUAAUCAUUCCUUCAGCACUAGGUUUUUGCAGGGGAUCCAAAAACAUUAAACAGAGAGAAAUAAUUUCUGACACUGUAAAGCUGUAAUGAAGAACUAGUGGGGUCCUCUGAAAAACGAGUCUACAAGAAAGUACAUGAAACUGAUACUAUUUAGUGACAAGGACUUGGCCAUUCAUUAGGUUCAGGGUGUGCCUGUCAUCUUUUGUCUGCAUUAUUCAGGUAAGAAGUGAGACAGACUGGCAGCAGUGGGAGCUAAAGUCGUCUAUGGGAUCUCAUGGUUCCUAAUGACACCGGAAUGUGUUUCUACCACCUAACCGACUAUCUCACUGUAGAUGUUCAACAAAUAUUUGUUCAAUGAAUAUUUAAGAACUAGCUUGGAAAUAGGCAGAGAAAUCUAGCUUCUUAUAAGGGGAGAAAAUGCCUUAACAGAUAUUUUAGGAUCGACCCAGCCUACUGAUCUGUUCUCACAGUCUUUCCUUGUUUUGCCAACAGAACUUCACAAGAGGAAUUUUGAUUUCCCCUUAUUUCUCCAUUAAAAUUCCUUUUGUAAAAUUCCAAUCCAGUAAGACCCCUAGAAACCAAUCAAAUAAAAGUACAGGGUACUUGCCCGGUGAAAGCAAGGCCUCACAGUAACCUAACUGAUAGUAUCAAAUCCAGUUGCCGCCGAGUCAACUCCAACUCAUGGUGACUCCAUGUGUGUCAGAGUAGAACUGUGCUCGUUAGGGUUUUCAGUGCCUCAGUUUUCAGAAGUGGAUCACCAGGCCUUCCCUCUGGGUGGCCUUGAGCCUCCAACCUUUCCGUUAGCAGCUGACUGCAUUAACUAUUUACACCAGCCAGGGCCUUCAAAUGACAGUAUUAGCAGAUGCAAUAAGAGUGUGCCACCAAAGGAGAGGCUGUCAGAAAACUGAAAGCCUGAAGGACAUGAAGCUGGCCUCUUAGCACUGUCCAGAGAAAAGGAUCCCCUGAUCCAAGAAUAUGGCUGCCUUGUCUUGCUGUCCAAAAUGAAGGUGGGUAUAAUAGGGUAUCAUAGCUUGAAGAGAUCAGCAUAGAGACAGAGACUUCCAGGGCUCACAGAUAUUCUUCUUCCUGGACACACCACUAGUCUACACUUCCUAAAAAAAAAAAAAAACACUUCCUAGCUCUCCUAUAUAUAGAUAAAGCCAUGUGGCCAGUUCUCACUGGAGUAUGAAUGUGCUGUUUAUAAUACCUUCACAUCAAGACAGUUAACAGUAGCUCGCCUUCUCCAUGCUCUUUCUCUCUCCAUCUGCUGGUCGACUGGAGAAAGACACCAAGAAUAUAUAGAAGGGCAGAUCCAGAAAAUGGAAGGAACUUGGGUCUCCGAAUGAUUAGAUGGAGCCAGACUCUCCCACCCAUACUCUGCUGACUGUGACAUGAAUAAGAAAUAAAUGUUAUUUAUAUGAAGCCACUGAAAUGUCAGAGUUGUUUAUUUACAGCAGUUAGCUCACCGUUACUAAAAUAGACAUUAAGAUUAAAAAAAAAAAAACCUGGCUCACUCAUAGUUUUACCUUUAUUGUAGAUUAAUUAUAUUUUAUUUUUGAUAUUUAUUUUUUUAGUCUUCAAAGCUCUCUUUUUCUAUAUACUGGACCCACUGUGUCCAUGCAUUUUAAACAGUCUCUUGGAUUUUAAACAAAAUAAUCUUGCCCUCCCGGCCACAGAUGACCGGCAUUAAGAGUGGACAUCCUUCUCAAGCUAGAUCAAUCAGCCCUUCCUAGGAGUUGGAAAUUGUGACCAAAAUAGGGUUAGUUUCUCCAAGUAGCUGAGCUAAUGUUAUCCCAGAAUCUGUGGCUGGCCUUUUUUUUUUUUUACACAGCACAUGGAGUGGAUAUAAUAGGAUAUCAGAUCCUGAAGAGAUUAGCCUGAAGAAACAGAGACUGCCAAGGGCUCACCUACAUUCAUGUUCUCUUCCUUUGUCCAUGGACACGUUGGGUGUAGUGUAUAGAAUUCGUAGAUAUUCUGAGACACCCAUGCUAGUAACCUGGACUUCUAUAUGGCUUGGCCGCAUGUUGCCGUGUAGCACAACCCAGCCAGACAUGAGAAGGUCAUUGGCCACAUCAAAGAGAUCUUGGCCCAGGUUGCCAGGGAACUCCUGUGAGGGUGUCAGCCCCCCAUGGACCCUGAGAAAACCAAGCUCCCCACCCUGUCCUUUGGAGGAGAGGAUACAACCUUUGGGGUCAGCCUGAUCCUGCACCUUGGAGCUCCAGUCCCACCACCCCCCCAAAUUAAAUAUCUACAGCAACACCCUCCCCACCCCCAGCUUUUAACCUCCGUAGCAUACCCAGCACAGGAAAAGCAACCAGCCGGCCCACGGCCACAGGGACCCAGAGAGGUUCACACGCCUCACAUGACAUGCUCUGGUGUACCAGGGUGCGGACCUCCACAGAUGUGGCCAUGUGACCAAGGACAUGGGUGGAGGGAGCCUCACAGCAACACUUACACCUGACCACUCUGGCUCCCAGGACACAGGGCAGCCAAAAGCAAACCUCACACCUUGUCCAACAUGCAGCUUGCCACGAGAACACAAUGUGGGGCGGGACCACUCAUAAGAGGGCAUGCUCAGGAGACCAGGGCCUCUACGUGUCAAGCUCCCAUUCUAGCACUUCAGGGGUGGGGGGAGGGGUGUGGGAGACUGGUACUGACCAUCUCCGCCUCACCUAGCUAAGGGACCCUCAUAGAGGUGGCCACUACUUAAUCUGGACUUUUAAAAUAAAAACAAGCAGAAUUUGAGCCUGGAGUUCAUGUGUGG